UCUCUGAUCAGUCGCGCUUAAGAUUCAAACCGUACGCUCCGCCUUCUUCGUCGUACUUGAACUUGAGAAAAACGCGUGAAAAACGUUUCCGAAAAAACUCAUCAGAGUGAAAUAUAGUGAACAUCGUCGACCGCAAGUAUAUGCGCGACACGUCGAACGCCGUAAAUUUCUCGCAAAUACCGCAACUCGAUCACGUUCGACGGGAUCUCGACAAGAUGGAAAUGCCCGUAGAGACACCGGAAUGGCUGAAUGUAUCCUUCAUGCAGAAGGCCCUGCGAAAGUCGGAAGGAGACGACUCGAUCCACGUGAUCGAUAUAUUCACGAAACCGGCUACGGACAAGGGUGACAACUACACUAGUGACAUGAUCAGGGUUACGGUGGAAUACUCGCAGGAUCAGGCCGGCCGUAAAGUCACGAAGAAGAAAACAGUCAUCGUGAAGAUCUCGCCCAUUGCCGAGGGGAUACGCAAGGACCUUAUCACGAACUCAUCCCUCUUCAUUACGGAAAUGUUGAUGAUGUCAGAUACUUUGGAGAAAAUGAACCAGUUGUUGAAACAUCCUCUGAGCGCGAAAUGUCUAUAUAUACAGAAACAAGAUCCACAGCUUCUGGUGAUUGAGGAUUUAGCUCCUCUCGGUUUUCGCAUGGCCGACCGAGAGGCUGGCCUUGACCUGGCUCAUUGUACGUUAGCACUACGUGGAUUAGCCAAGUUUCAUGCAUCAUCAGUAGCACUAUGUGAAAAGGAGCCGAGUCAAAAAGACAUGGAUAGAAAAGGAAUGUUCAGUCCAGAUCAUCCGGAAGAAUUAACUAAAUUUUUCUCUCUCAGUCUUAAGUCGCUAGCAAAGGAAGUAACAAAGUGGCCAGAGCUGGACAAAAAAUAUUCGGCAAAGCUUGAUAAUUUCUCCAAAAAAAUUUACAAAAUAGGAUCAAAAUUAAGCAGGCAAUGCGAUGAUGAUUUUAAUGUGAUCAACCAUGGCGACUUCUGGGUGAACAAUAUGUUGUUCAAGUACAGUGACGGGAAACCAAUUGAUCAUAUUUUUGUGGACUUUCAAUUGUGCUCUUACACAUCGCCGGCGAUUGAUCUCCUCUACUUCCUCGGCACGAGUCCCUCCAUGGAGAUCAUUGAAAAUAAUAAAGAUGUCCUGUUGAACGAAUACCUUAAUACACUGUCGAGUACUAUGAAGCAGCUUGGUUGCAAAACACAACCGCCCACCAUGGAGAAAUUGAAGAAAUCCUUGAAGGAAAGGGCUGCUUACGAAAUGAUAGCUUCGUUCACGAUACUGCCGAUAGUAUUAUGUAAAAAAGCUGAUGUGAAAGGAUUCGACGAGAUUAUGUCGAAAGAUGGUAGUUACGACAAUCCAGGUUUCCAAGGGAAAAUUUUUAAAAAGAUAAUGUUGAAACGAAUACCAUUAUAUGAUGAGCAGGGUUUAUUGGAUUAAACGAUAUGAUAUGCUAGAUCCUUUGUGAGAUAUAGAAAAACGGAAAGAACAAUAUGAGAACCUUACGAAUAACGAAUGAGGAAAAACAUUAUAUGGUCCGCGGUUAUGUUAAAAUCACAAUAGCAGAGUAUUGGAUGCAUUCCUUAAAAACAAGUAUCUUUGAGAAAAAAUUAUCAUUCGGUUCGACAAAAUUAGGAAGAUUUAAAAAAUACGGUAAAAUAAUUACCAAGUAAGAUGACAUCUUUAAGUUUCAAACAUCGUAAAUUAUUUUUGAAAACUAUAUAUUAGAAUUAAUAUGUAUUAUAGAAGUUAAAAAAGUCCUUUCUGGUAUGAAUUACAAAUUAUCCCGAUGGUCAUUUCAGACUAGACUGUUUUAUCUGAUACUUAUCUAAAUUGUCUAACUGGAAAUUAAAUUUUUAUAUGGAAAAUUACCAUAUUCCACUUUGUGUUAAAUGUGUCAAUUAUCAUAGAUGCAAUCCAAAUAUUAUAUUCGUUCAAGUAUUACACAUAUUGUCAGUUUGUUAACAAAUUUAUUUAUUAUGUUAUAUUCCACAUGGCAAACAUAAUCGUCUCUUGAAGUUUAAUUUUUAGACAGGUAAAUAGGUAAUAAAAGGUUAUAAUAGGUAAACAUGCGUGUAAGUCAUUUAUUUACGCAAAUUUCUUAUGCAUUUCUUAAUCAAAACUAUUUUAUAGAUUCAAAUCGUUACUACAAAAAAGAUUUGGCAAAUAGUUAAUAUUAUAAUCACUUCUUGUGGUGAGAAGGUUAAAAUACAAUUUGUAAUUGCAUCCAAUUUUGAUUCAUCACGUCGAUAAAUCGUUAAUAUUGUAUUAUAUCUCGAUUUACAGUUUUAUAUACACUUUACGUACACAGAUUUAUCCUAUUUAUUGACGUGUUAACAAGGACGAUGUUAACGAAAGCAGUGGAAACAUUACGGUCAAAUACAAUUUAUAUUAAUGCAAGGACAGAAAAUACAUGUUAACAAUUUAGAUUGUAGAAUGUAGGAAUUCCAUGGUUGUAGGAAUUUACUUAUAUUAAACUGACAAAAAAUUUAUUGUAUAUAUAUCAAUUAAACUUAAAAACACAAUUA